GAUACUCUUUUCUUACACCCUUAAUUUGUUUCUAGGUGUUGGCUGCCAAUUGUAGAGUGCAAAUGAAAAGUUACAGAUUGGUGGCAUCGUUAACAGAAUUUUCAGUUAUUUGUGUAGUUGAAGACGGGAAUUUGUUUUGCGUAUAAAGUUAACUUUGCGUUUCGGCGUAUACGCAGCGGUGGUGGUGCAAAAUUGCAAUUUUGGUGUACAAAAAAAGCAAAAGGAAUAUCCUAUCCUCUAUCCAACAGUGGCGAGAAAUCCAAACGACAGGACGGGCAACAUAAAGAAAAAUUUGUAUUUUCAUCUUGUUGUACACAAGAUAAUUUUUUUUUUAAAUAUCCAUAACAACAAAUCAGUUUUUAAUAAACGAAGGCAACCGAGCAGAGCAAAGCGGCGCAGGCUUAGGACCGUAAUUCGUUAUUAAAAUCCGAGACAAUUACAAUUUAAACAAAACGAAACCGAAACGAAACGAAGGGAAGGCAGGAGACUGCUCGAAGCAAGGGAUCUAAAUACACCAACCGCACAUUCAUACAACUACAGCAACAUUACUACUGUAUUAACCCAAACCAAAAAAUCAAAUAGUUCAAUUGGCAGAACAGAAGACAAACUUAAACGUCUGAAUAAAUGCACAAGAAUAGUAUGCGUGAAUAGUAUUGCAAAACCGAAACCAAAACCAAAACCAAAAACUAAACCAAAAUCAAACCAAAACUAAAACGAAACUCUUGCAGAAUCGGUUGAUUUAUCCAUACUAGACAGUGCACAAACUAAUCGUCGUAUGCAAGCGUGAUCAUAAAAAGCUUUUCAUUCACAUAAGCUUCUGGCCAGCUUACAAAAUAAUUCGCCACUGCAUCAGCAUCUGCAAAGCGAAGCCAAAGCGACAGCGAGUGGGGAAAAGCAGAGCACAGGAUCUGGAACGCCGGUUGCACAAAUAAAUAUACUAUUAUACCACACAAAUCCGAAACUCGAAUCGACGAAACAGUAGCAGGAGCAGAAGCACAAGAAGCGGUAGCAGAAGCAGAAGCAAGGAUCAGUUGAAGACGUCUCAACGAUAAAAAGAUGAAUGAACUAGACAGUCUCAGGCAGGAAGCCGAAUCCCUAAAAAAUGCCAUACGGGAUGCCCGGAAGGCGGCCUGCGACACAUCCCUGUUGCAAGCAGCCUCCUCUCUGGAACCCAUUGGCCGCAUACAGAUGCGCACCCGGCGUACAUUACGCGGCCACUUGGCGAAAAUCUACGCCAUGCACUGGGGCAACGACUCCAGGAACCUCGUGUCAGCCUCACAGGACGGUAAGCUAAUCGUGUGGGACUCGCAUACCACGAACAAAGUCCACGCCAUUCCACUACGAUCCUCAUGGGUGAUGACCUGUGCGUACGCUCCAUCUGGCAGCUAUGUGGCCUGCGGUGGCCUCGACAACAUGUGUUCAAUUUACAACCUAAAGACGCGAGAGGGUAAUGUUCGUGUGUCCCGAGAGCUGCCGGGCCAUGGUGGCUAUCUAUCAUGCUGCCGCUUCCUGGACGACAAUCAGAUAGUUACCAGCUCCGGCGACAUGUCGUGCGGCCUGUGGGACAUCGAGACCGGCCUGCAGGUCACCUCGUUUCUGGGCCACACCGGCGACGUGAUGGCGCUCUCGCUGGCUCCCCAGUGCAAAACGUUCGUCUCCGGUGCCUGCGAUGCAUCCGCCAAGCUCUGGGACAUUCGGGAAGGAGUCUGUAAACAGACCUUCCCCGGCCACGAAUCUGAUAUCAACGCGGUGACAUUUUUCCCCAAUGGACAAGCAUUUGCCACCGGCUCGGACGACGCUACCUGUCGACUCUUCGACAUCCGUGCCGAUCAGGAGCUGGCCAUGUACUCGCACGACAACAUCAUAUGCGGCAUCACCUCUGUGGCAUUCUCGAAGAGCGGCCGUCUGUUAUUAGCGGGCUACGACGACUUCAACUGCAAUGUGUGGGAUACGAUGAAAGCUGAACGGUCUGGUAUACUCGCCGGUCACGACAACCGUGUAUCCUGUUUGGGCGUCACCGAAAACGGCAUGGCGGUGGCAACAGGAUCGUGGGACUCCUUCUUGCGUGUAUGGAACUAAACAAAACAAAAAAAAAAAAAAGAAAAAUAACUUCAAAAUGCAUUAAAGGGUGGGGUGGGGUCAGGUCAACGGUUGCGCAGUCUGCGGAUAGUGUUUCACCACCCAUCAUCUACAUUGUGAUCUAAUGUAAAUGAUGAUUCGGUGUUACCUCUGUGGUUAAUAUAAAAUGAGUGCCGGACGUUUUGAAUAUGUGGGCGCAGCUAGUUGACUAGAACGUAGACCACAACAACAAAGAACUUUAUAUACAACAUUAUUUAUAUUGCUAUAUACUUAUUAACUAAAAUUAUACAAAAAAAAAAAAAGAAAAGAAAA